AACCAGCAGCCCCCUGAACUGGGCUCCACACCGGAGGGCUCAACAGUUGAACUGUCGACGAGCUGCAGGAGAGGAGGACUCGGUCCGAGGCAGACUGCUGCCGAAGAUGUGAAGAUAAACACGGCGUUAUCUCCACAGCAGCUCCUUCACACGUCUCACCGGGGACGAGUUGUCUCCAGUAGAUGCAUUUUGCAGCUCUGCUACACCCCAGAUAUUUUAAUUUUUUUUCUGUUUUUCUUUUUGAUUUUUUCGCAUUUGUGAGCGAUCGCUAUGGCACUUCAGUUCACAUCCGGGCCACAAUGCCUUGACUCCAUUAUUGUCUAAAACUGGCGGAGAGGUUGAUAAACCUUUAUUUUUUAUUUCUACACCUGAACGAGACAUCUUUCUAACGAGCAGUGAAGGCUGGGACCGAGAGGACAUGUCUAACCAAGGAGUCCGGCGGAAUGGCCCCGUGAAGCUGCGACUAACAGUCCUCUGCGCCAAAAACCUGGUGAAGAAGGACUUCUUCCGCCUCCCUGAUCCCUUCGCCAAGGUUGUAGUGGACGGUUCAGGGCAAUGCCACUCUACAGACACUGUGAGGAACACACUCGACCCCAAGUGGAAUCAACACUACGACCUAUACAUCGGAAAGUCAGAUUCCAUCACCAUCAGCGUGUGGAAUCACAAGAAGAUUCAUAAGAAGCAAGGGGCUGGGUUCCUGGGCUGUGUCCGCCUUCUGUCCAACGCUAUCAACCGCCUUAAAGACACAGGCUGUAAGUACCAGAGACUAGACUUGAACAAGCUGAGUCCCAACGACAGCGACACAGUCAGAGGCCAGAUAGUGGUGAGCCUGCAGUCGAGGGACCGGAUAGGCACAGGAGGCCCUGUGGUGGACUGCAGUCGGCUGUUUGACAACGAUCUCCCAGAUGGCUGGGAGGAGAGGAGGACGGCGUCUGGACGAAUCCAGUACUUGAACCACAUCACACGCACCACACAGUGGGAGAGGCCUACCAGGCCUGCGUCAGAGUACUCCAGCCCUGGCCGGCCUCUCAGCUGCAUCGUGGACGAGAACACGCCCAUCAGCACGAACGGGGCCACGCCCACCACAGCGUUGCCGCCUAUCGACGGCGACCAGCGCGCCCAGGAGAGACGGGUCCGCUCCCAGAGGCACCGCAACUACAUGAGCAGAACUCACCUGCACACACCUCCAGACCUCCCUGAGGGAUAUGAGCAGAGGACCACGCAGCAAGGCCAGGUGUACUUCCUCCACACUCAGACGGGUGUCAGCACGUGGCAUGACCCCAGAGUACCGAGAGAUCUGAGUAAUGUGAACUGUGAGGAGCUGGGUCCUCUGCCUCCUGGAUGGGAGAUUCGGAACACUGCAACCGGGAGGGUUUACUUUGUCGACCACAACAACCGAACCACGCAGUUCACAGACCCACGCCUCUCCGCUAACCUGCAUCUAGUCCUAAAUCCAAGCCCAAGCCCGAAUGGUUCUCGAGGAGGCAUCGAAAGUCAGAAUGUCAGUCGUCAGAACCAAUUGAAGGAUCAGGCCCAGCAGGCUCUGGUGUCCCCCGGUCAGCUCCCAGAGGAGGCCGAGUGCCUCACGGUGCCCAAGUACAAGAGAGACCUUGUUCAGAAGCUCAAGAUCCUCCGCCAGGAACUGUCCCAGCAGCAGCCUCAGGCCGGCCACUGCCGCAUCGAGGUGUCCCGCGAGGAGAUCUUCGAGGAGUCGUAUCGCCAGGUGAUGAAAAUGAGGCCGAAGGACCUGUGGAAAAGGCUAAUGGUGAAAUUCAGAGGAGAGGAGGGGCUCGAUUAUGGAGGAGUGGCCAGGGAGUGGCUCUAUCUGCUGUCACAUGAGAUGCUGAACCCGUACUACGGCCUGUUCCAGUACUCCCGUGAUGACAUCUACACGCUGCAGAUAAACCCGGACUCUGCGGUCAACCCUGAGCACUUGUCAUACUUUCACUUUGUGGGCCGUAUCAUGGGGAUGGCGGUGUUCCACGGCCACUACAUAGACGGAGGCUUCACUCUGCCCUUCUACAAACAGCUGCUGGGUAAACCCAUCACCCUGGACGACAUGGAGUCUGUCGACCCCGACCUGCACAACAGCCUCGUGUGGAUCCUCGACAAUGACAUCACAGGUGUGCUGGACCACACCUUCUGCGUAGAACACAACGCCUAUGGAGAGAUCAUCCAGCACGAGCUCAAGCCCAACGGUAAGAGCAUCCCCGUCACGCAGGACACCAAGAAAGAGUAUGUGCGGCUCUACGUCAACUGGCGUUUCCUGCGAGGCAUCGAGGCCCAGUUCCUCGCUCUGCAGAAGGGCUUCAAUGAGGUCAUCCCCCAGCACCUGCUGAAGGCUUUCGAUGAGAAGGAGCUCGAGCUGAUUGUAUGCGGCCUGGGUAAAAUCGACAUCAACGACUGGAAGUCCAACACGCGGCUCAAACACUGCACUCCAGACAGCAACAUCGUCAAAUGGUUCUGGAAAGCUGUGGAGUCGUUCGACGAGGAGCGCAGAGCGCGGCUGCUGCAGUUUGUCACCGGCUCCUCCAGAGUUCCCCUGCAAGGAUUCAAGGCUCUCCAAGGUGCUGCCGGCCCACGGCUUUUCACCAUCCACCAGAUUGAUGCCAGCACCAACAACCUGCCCAAAGCCCACACCUGUUUCAACCGGAUUGACAUUCCUCCCUACGAGCACUAUGACAAACUGUACGACAAGCUGCUCACCGCCAUCGAGGAGACGUGCGGCUUUGCUGUGGAGUGAGUCACUGCUGCAGGCAGAGCUCCGCGACAACCAGAAGCAACAUGGUUUGGCCAUGAUGAGCCUCCCCCCUGCAAAUCAACCCACUCAGACGGGGGUCAUCCACGGUUGCUUCACCCAGGGACGCCCAUACUUCCCGGGGACAUGUGGCCAAGCUAAAGGACGGUGGGCAAAGAAGACCAGACAAUGUCAUCUGACUCUGGGUGUUUUUUUUAGACCCUCCAGCCCUCCUUUAUGUCUUUUUUUAUCAUUGAAAAGGAUCUCUUCAGCUGCUAAUAACUCAGACUAUUUACUAACUUGUGGAACCUGCAGAAGUUGCUGGCUCUUCCCUUUUUUUCUAAGUUCAUUUUAGCAUUUUAAAAAAUAGACUGUAUUCCAUGUAGCAAUGCUCCAUCUUACCAAGCAGAACACAAGGUCAGUCCACUCUGAAACCACAUUAACAAGACUGGUUUGUUUGCUAGAGCACAGGGUUAUUAAUGGUUACCGCAACCACUCGGAAACACUAAAUUUGGAUGCAGAGUGUGCAUGACUCGGGCUGUUUGGUGCCUCUGAGCGAUCACAUUUGGGCUAUCAGUAAUGCCAAGGCUGGAAAUCGGGGAUGUGUGCGGAGGAGAUGGCGAGACUAGAGACUGAAUUAGGCCGAGCCCGACUGUUUACAACCCUCUCCAAAGACGGCAGCAGGGACCUCUGCUCCCGAGGCGCUGCCCAGCAAGUAGCGCUGCAUCCCCACAAACCUAUUCCACACGUCUGACAGCUAGUUUUGUUUGAAAAUGAAUGAAAUGUGUUAUUUUUAUAUAACAGGGAAAAUUGAAAAAUAAACAAUAAAAUUCUAUAUAAUAUAUAUAAUUUAUUGCUGUUAUAUUUCAGAAACCCCUAUCCAUUGUUUCAGAAACACAAGAUCUUUUAAAUGUUAAGUGUUACUGUUUAAAUUAUAGAAGACAAUUUGUGAAAACAGAACUAAGCUUGACUGAAUUUCACUUACGAAUGCUGUGGUUUAUUUCCUGACAUGACCUCUCUCACACUGUACGAGGAGAGGAAUGUCUCAAAGAGCAAAAAAAUCUCAAACACACAAUGUCCUCUGAGUGCCAUAAUCAUUUUUGAAUGAAUGACUCUUUGCUAAUAUCGAGCGGACCCUUUAAAUUCUACUGAUUUCAUCCUGGAGCUACACGUGGUGGCGUCUCCCGACCCUUUUUAUAACACUUUGUCAUUUGUAGCUGGGCUAUAUUAAUGUCACUAGCUUGAAACCGACCAUUGAUUUCUGAUGGUAUUCUGUUGAGAAGAGUCCAAAGUCCAUCUUUAUUGUGAUGCCUCCACAUUGUUGUUGUUGAAAAAAGAAAAAACCUCGACUACCUUCUAGCCAUGUGGUGCUAAAAUAACAUUAACGUUUGUCUUAUAUUGGCAACCUUACUCAUUGACAUACUACUGCUUAAAGUGCACACUACACGACUCAUGCUCGUACCUGUCUGUGGCCACAAAAUGUUUCCAAGUGAUCAAUAGCUCUGGCUAGCCACAUUCUCAGGAGAUGUCAUAUGUAGUUUGUAACGUCCUUUGAUUUGACGACUGAUGAGAAACGAAUUCUGAACGCUUGUUUUGAUUUCCUGAAUGUUUAAGUUUGGUAUUUUUCACCUGGACAAUAUUUUCCUGUGUUUUUGUGUGUGAGACACAGCUUCUCUGUGUUCAUGUCGUCCAUAUUUCUGCAUGUUUUCUGAAAGAUUCAGACGAAAUGGAGCAGUACGUCAUCAAGAAAAAGAACAGAUACAGAUAAUUGUGUACUCGCUCAUCCCUACUAAGUCAGUGACAAAAACAAACUUUAAGUGGACGUACAUUGAUGGUGAGUUCAUGCCCAGAGUGGACACAUUGCUGCUGCAGCCGUUUCACUCAAUACUUCACCAGAAAUUGUUGUUCCCCGUUUCCACCAAACACUUUCAGUAUGGUACCUUUGGGACCAACAGUAACCCUUCAGACAUGGUACCUAGACCCUAGUGUUUCCACCACAGACAGUGCUCUUAAAUGUGGGCGGGGUUGUUGUCACUCACUGCUCCGUCCAGCACUCACUGUAUUUCCUCCUUUAUCAGUCUGCACCUGGUUUAUCGUCCACAGAACGAGGCUGCACGCCCACAUUUUCAGAACAAAAUAGAACAGGCUGCAGUGAGAGUCUCUCUCCAUGGGAUAUUUAAAAAUAGCAGCUUUGUGCAUUUAGUCCUUCUCAGGCAAGCUCAGGGGUUUAGUGUUGCUGUAGCCCACAGGAAGUGAGGAUUAGAAUAUAUGACCUUCACAUAAUCCGCUCCAAAUUAAUCUAUAUUUUUAAAGUCAUUACUAAAAGUGUGUGUCAUAUAAAAACUAAAGUGAUGGUCAAAGUUGUCACAGUGAAAUUUAAGGUGUGCUGAUGGAUUCACGUCAUCAACUCAUGCAUUGAGUAACAUUACAAGUUAACGUUCCACCUUAAAAGUUGCCGGCAGUCGGCCCAGUGAAUGAAGUUAUUUUUUCUCAGACUCCAGCUGCUGUGAGAGGCAGCAAAACAUCCUUUCAUUUUAUAGUUACAGUUUACUAAUAAAACUCUCCACAGUAUGAACAGUGGUUACAUGAGCCUCAAAACCAGACACAACUCAGCCCUGAGCAGAGUGACCGUCCUCUACUGACCAAUCAGACUGCAGUGUUCACAGCUCCACCUUUUAGUACCAGAUCUGUGUGCUAGGUACCCCAACAGAGGGGGGACCAAACAUGGGGACGGUACAGAACGGUUCUGUUGGUACCAUCCACAACUUUUCACUGUGGAACAGAAAAACUGAACUAAACCAUACCGCUCGGUGGAAACGGGGCUUCAAACAUAAAAACAUGGGAACAUAAAGUCCAGGUUGAAGAAUACUGAACUUUCCCUUUAAGGGUUUUAAAGUCUUGUUGUUUAAAUUGCUUCGCCCACAGCAGACCAUAAACACACAGUAACCGUUGCAUGUGUCCAUCUGUGUUUUUAGUUGAAAGGGAACUGAGUGAGAUGAACCUGAUUUAGCCUGCGACACAGUGACGUUUUUAUUCAGAGAAAGGGGGGGUUUGUUUUCUACGAUUUAAAAAUGAAAUUCUUGAAUGUUUUCAAAAGAUGCUGCCUGUCUAGCAAUCUCUACGACCGUGGACUGUUCUUAACAUUUGCAUACACACAGAAAAAAAAAAUGAACUGUUCAUUUUCAUUCUUUUAUGUGGACAAGUGUAUGCAAAGUGAAGUGUCCUCAGAUGGUGCUUUGUACAGUAAUAAGAUAUUGUUCAUAUAUGUGGAUCAAACGACCUGUAAUUUAUCUUUAACUUAAGUAGAAAAAUGAAAAGAGGAAUUGCACACAAACAGAAGGAGGUCGCCGUGUGUGUUGAAUGGUGACUUCUCUAACGGAUAUUCAUUCGCCUUUAAGUCCAGUGCACAAGCUGAUGGCCCUACUGUCUGUUCCUACACUACACCGCUCAGCAUCGCCCCCUAGCUGCCUCUCAUUCAACAACUUUUUAUUUUAAAAAGUCAGAGUUGAGAGAAGCCGCUCUUGUUUUUUUGUUCUGUUUUUUUUUUUUUUUUUUUUAAUAGCAUGAUCCACUAGCAGGACUAUAUCUCUCAUAGCUGACUGAUGCAAUUUGAUGUAUGUUAACACUAUCAUUUUGUAAGAGUAUUUUAUUUUUGUGUGUAAUUAGUUCUAAUUAAACUUGCCUUUGUCUAACAAUGUAAGGCCUUGU